UGCAUCGGGCGCACGCAGGGUGGAGGUGAAGAGAACGGUCCUCUGGUCCUCCAGCAAACCAGAGUAGUUCGCUUAUGAGCAUCUUCUUCUUUUUUCUGUGACGCCGCAUGGCCCAGAAGAAAUCUGGCGCGAAUUUGUCGUUAAAGUGAACCUGGCAAAAAAAAGUGCCACAAAGUGGCUGUCAACUUGCAAAACCUAGCCCGGUUUAGCCGGAUGGCUAGUGAUGAUGAACUGUUACGCAUUGACGGGCGACCAGCGAGCGAUACUCCGGCUAACGCUCCUGUAGCCGCCUCGCUGUCACUGACGACGUGAGGUGUCCGCACAACUCUUUCCCAUGUGCGGGACAUUCGGUCGCCACCGCACGUUUUUUCCACAAUGGACAGCGAACGCAGCAAUUGCAGGCCGCAGUUCGGAGACAAUAGCGGGCUAACGCAGCUAGCAAGCUACCGCGGCUGCUCGGCUUGCUAGGAGCCGUCUCGCCUGGUGCGCGUUCCGGAGCCGCACUGACACCGUCGAGGUGCGUGCACCAUGGAUCAGAUGGAUAUGAGCGAGCAAAUCACAGCAGCUUGUAGCCAACCGCUGUUCCACAACCGAGACUUUACUGUGACUGACCGAGACCAAGCACCACGGCAGCUCAGCACUGACCUUGUAAUGGCAGAGGAUCUGUUCAGUAAUGGCAUCUGUGAAGUUGACACUAUGGAAGCAAUACUCUGUCCCGGGGACGGCGGAGACGUUACCGCUGAGGGUGACCUCCUGGCUCUGCGGAAUGAUGGCAUGUCAGAGUUUUCGAACAGUGACCUCUCUCUGCCCGAGGUCUGCAUUUCCACCAACAGCAACAGCCUUGAGGAGGAGGACAUGAACCGCGAGGUCCAGCAAGCCUAUAGGAUAUUCACCGGCUUUCUGUCGGACAAGCACAAAGGGAUCACCAGCCGCUUCCUCCAUCCCAUCAGCCAUCAGGAGGCCCAGCAUGGUAUCGGAGGGGUCCGGGGCUGGGGUCAGGCCCAGCUCAGGCAGUCGAUGUGCUUGCGGCGGAUGGAGGAAAAGUUCAGUAGCCAAGGGUACGAGACAAUAACAGAGUUUGUUGCAGACUUCAGGCUGAUGUUGGAGAACUGUUAUCGCUACCAUGGGGUGGACCACUGGAUCUCCAAGCAGGCUCAAAAGCUGGAAAUCAUGCUGGAGCAGAAGCUUACAUUGUUAUCCAGGACGCUGCGAGAGAAGACAACCUUGGCCGUGACUUCUAAAGGACGCUUUGGUGCAGAGGAGGAGCGGGGAUCAGGGGGCACCUCCACGAGGAGGAGACUGGCACCUCGAAGCCUGGCUACUCUCACUGUUGGUGGGCAUGAGUCUAUCAUGGUCCAGGCCUUACGACAAGAAGAACAGCAGAGGGCCAAGGAGGAGAAGAGGCAACGUGAGCUUGAGAAGAAGGAAGCAGAGGAAAUGUCAGCCAAAGAGGUGGAAGAGUGGGAGCAGACGUUAUUGUCCCAGGCUUCCCCCCACACGGUGGAUGCACUUUGGGAACUCCCUGCCAUAGGCCAUUUCCUCUGCCUGGCCCAGACUGCCCUUUACCUCCCAGAGAUUGUAUUUUUUGAGCUAGAGCGUUGUUUGCUGAUGCCUCGCUGCAGCCUCCUACUCUCCAAAAUCAUGUCUUCCCUUCUGUCCCCACCCCAGCGGAGGGCCACUCUGCAACGUCGGCCCCCACUGCCUUAUCGCCGCUGGGAGUCAGAGCUCAGGCAGCGGGUCAUGGCCUGGUAUCGAGUAGUUGGCAUGUCCCAUGACCAGCCAGGUCGGGCUGAGCAUCUGGGACUCUGCCACCAAUUUUUCAGCACCCUUGGGGAGGUGAGUCCUUUGGAGGAGAAACCUUUUCAUCUGCUGCCCUUCUACCAGCGAUUGUGGGUUUUGAAGGGGCUGUGUGAUCAUGUAUAUGAGACACAGAAGAGUGUGCAGGAUGCCGUGCUGGCCCAGCCCAUUCAUGAAUGUAGGGAGUCUAUUUUGGGUUAUGACAGCAGAGAGAAUGCGUAUAUACAUUUCCCACACUUUUGUGGGGCAGACCUGAGGAUCUACUGCCAGAGCCCCAGCGCACCCACAGCUUUCCCUUUCCCUUCUGUAUUGGUAAAAAGGGUUGAAACCGAGCCAGGGACAGAGGUUGAUGAGUCAGAUGGGAUGAAGGCUGAGGGAAACAAAAGUGACAGGGAGUGCUAUGGAGGCUCCAUGGACACGGGGGAGUCAGAUGAUUUUGUAAAGGGGAGAGCAGAGACAUGUGGCCUUUUGAAAAGGGAAAAUGGGGAUGAAGAGGAAGAUAAAAGGUUUAAACUGUGGUCACUGAAGAAGAAGGAGGAUGAGUCAGAAUCGGGGUCCUCUGAUAGAGAAUCCUGUAAAGACUCUAAGUUGGACUUAAAAAUACACACUAACUCCUUAGCCCUUUCCCACACUAGUCCUUCUAGAAGAAGUGGUGUGAAUAUACCUUUUAAAGAAGAGACUGUAGAGUUGGAGGAUCAAUCAAAGAGACUCGCAAUAAAGCAGAAGCGUGGCCUCUCAUGGUCCUCAAUGCGUACCAUUGAAGCAGAGACACAGGAGCCCUGUCUGAGUGUCGGGGAGCACAGCUACACAGGCAGGUCUCCCGCUCGCUCAGUGAAUCUGGCCUCCCCAAGCAAAACCAGUAAGGCUGAAUCUGAGGGACAAGAAAGCUGCUAUGGCACAUCAGGACAAGCGGCACAGGUGUCUUCUGAAAAUUCAAGUGAAGAGAGGAUGAAUGACAAAAUCUGGACUACAAAAAAAAGGCGGAAGAAAAAGCGAGGAAGGGAACUGCUGCAGAGGGUGAAAGGAGAGCACAAGCACCAACAGCAGGUGGACAGGAUGAGCCUGUCCCCAGUCGAGGAUGCCAAGUGUGCAGUGCGGAGAGUCGCCACGACUAUCAAGAGAAAAGACCGGAAGAAAAAACAUACAACAGGAAAAAAGCUUGAAUCUUCAAAGAAAAUGACAGAUGAACCUCAAGUUGAACCAGCCUUUAAGUUGGUCUGCACCAGUCUUGAGGAAUUGCGAGUGCUGAUCAGUAAGACAGAAGAUGAGCUCGAUGACUUGGAGAGCAGCAAAAAGAGACUGGAUCGGUGGUAUUAUAGGAGAGAAGCUGUGAAAGACCUCCACAGCACCCUAAUCAGACUACUGAAUGAGCUUUCACCGUGGGAACCCAAACUUGUUAAGGCAUACCAAAGGAACAGGCUUCGUUUGAAGAAGGAAUUUGAUGAUUUCAAGAAGCACCCAGAGUACAAUAACUUUGUGCGUGAGGAGUGCAUUUCAUCGUCGUCUUCGUCAGAUGAAGAUGAUGAGAGCGGUUCAGGGAAGGAGUUGUUUUCUCUCGCAGAUCAUUAUAGAAGAUCGGAAGAGGAGGACCUGGAACAUAUAGUACCCCGAGGUCUUUGGAGUGGAGCAAGCACCAGGGAGUUUUUGGGUGAUUCUGCUGGAGAAACAAUGGUGACCUACGUUCCUCCGAUCCACGUUAAACACCCUCUGGCCAGCACAGAGAAAGGCGGCAGUCUGUUACCAAGAGGUCAGACUGGCAGCAGAAACAUUACUUCUGCUGCUGAAUCUGGACAAUCUAGAUCUGAACUGGUCCCAUUGAAUCAAUCCCUGGAUUCAAAUUUAGCAAUGGCAGCGGGGUCCCCAGCUCAGACUACAAUGUUGUCCAGGCCCACCAUCCUCCACCCCACCACUGGACUACCUAAGGGCUACACGCCAAUCCCCACCCUGCUGGCUAAGAGUGUGGGAAACAAAGUGACCUUAAUGAAACGGCCAGCUGAUUGUCCAGGGUUCAACAAUGUAGAUAGACAGAGCCAAGGGUCUUUGGGCCCCCUGCCUACCUCUGCAAUGGUUACCACAAAACUUUCAAAAGCACAAACUUCUCCAUCCAGUUUCAAGCAGAACUCCCAACAAAAGCAGGCACAAGGACAACAACAGACACAAGUACAGCCAGGAAUGGCCACAGUGAAGGCAGCUCCUCUUAAAUCAACACAGGCCAAACCAACCCAGACUGUACCAAAAAGUUCUGUCCAAGUAGUGUGCAAGAUACCUGAGGGCCUGGGUCAGCUUGCAAAAAAAGACAGCAGCAGCCCAGUUAAGAUCUCAGUUCAUCCUGCCACGAACCACAGCACUGGAGAGAAAAUCAUGCAGCAAGUGGUGAUCCUGAAUUCUAAUAUUCUUAUUCCCAAAACUGAAGAAAAGACAUCUUCUUUACAUCAACAACAAUCAAAGGACAUUCAGGUGAAAGUGGCCAGCCCGUUAUGCAUGUCCACCAGUGUGCCUGGGUUCACCAUUCCUGAAAACAGAAUCCCGGUUCAGCAAGUGGCUCCCUUAAAACAUGCCAGGACAGUGAGAACCCCUUCUCCUUCUGAUUCCCCCUUUCCACAACAGGGGAUCCCAAACACAGCAGCGUUCAAGGGGGCAAACAUCUGCAGUCCCCAAGCUAGCCCACAACAAGGUGUCAUACCAAAACUCUCACCCAUCACGCCUCCUUCCAGUACAGGUAUUUCUGAACCCACUAAAUCUAAAGACCUGAGGCAGGAGCUUAAGACAGUGUGUAUCCGUGACUCACAGUCCAUCCUGGUAACAACUAGAGGAGGCAACACUGGCAUUGUCAAAGUUCAGACAUCAGACCACAGUGUGCUUGGUUGUUUGCCCACCAGUCCAGUCAUCACCAUCUCACCUCAGUUUAAAGCUUUCCUUGUAUCCAAGUCGUCAACAUCUUUUUCUCACUCUGCUCCCUCUCAGACGUCUCCUUGCACCAUCCCAGUAGUGACAAGUGACUCAGCGGUCCAACCUCAGAAGCAGGUUCCUUCAGUAUUAAAGUCCCUUUCCACUGUUACAACCCCUAUGCACACUGCAGUCACUGCUAGCAUUCCCAUUUCAGGAAGUCAGAUUGUAGGCACCACUGUUGCUUUAAGUCAAGGCUCCAACACCUCAGCUGGUACUACAGUUGCAAAAACGAUUGGCCAGCAAGCACAGACAGCUGCUGCUUCUCAUAUUCAGACUUCAUCAGUGAAAAAUGCUGCUGUUGUCCCAUCACUGAGUAGUCCUGGUGUUCCUCAAGUUCUCAAACAAACAGAAGUCGGCAAGACUGGUGUGAAACGGGUCAGUACAGAUGAGAUAUCCCAAGUCACUAAAUUCAUCCUGCUUGCUCCGUCUUUGUCCCCCACCUCAACUAUAGCCUUAUCAAAAGGCACACCCUCUUCUUCAAAAUCACUUCCCGGUUCAAGGGUCAUGUUUAUCAGCCAGCCCACAGCCACAUCUUCCACCACCUACAUGGGAAGCAUUCCAAAGCAGGCGACAGCAACAACGGCUAGUGGACAGCUGCUGACCACUUCAUUCACAAGUCAGGCUCUAAAGAUGGGAUUAAGUCCAGGCCAACCUGUUGGCAGUGGCAACUCGGAAGCAUUGGCUAAGGUCCAGAACAUCUGUCUGUCCUCAGGGGUUCAAAUGCAGUUGUCAGGGAAGACGACAACCAUUGGACAGACCAUCGGCUCCCUGUCAUGUUCGCCAUCCAAAAGCACACCAGCAUUUCCCUCAGAAAGCUGUCCAGCAGCUGCAACCCCUGGAAAUAUGAUCACAACUUGUUCUGCACAGCUUGCUUGUCACGCAUCAAUGACCACCAGCUCUCCGCUCCAGGGCCCCCCUUCCUUCUCCAUGAUCUCCCAGAAAGGCACGUCCACAUCCACAUCCAAUGCUGCCACUCUGCCUGCAGGAAACAUGAUCAAGAAGCUCCUCUGUAUGCGUGUAAGUCAACCAUCCAGCAGCACUCCUGCUCAGGUAACCACCACUGUGCAGAGUAGCCCAGCCCAAACCUCCACACCUCCUCCUGCCCGUCAGCAAUCAUAUCUCCAAAGUGGCAUUGGUGAGGAAUCUUCCUUGUCAUCUUCCCCUCAACUUGCUCCCAAUACAACCCAUACAUCCAUCUCCUCGGCAGCAACCACCAGUACCCCAUUCUCCACCUCUGCUACUGGAACAAUCCAGCAGAGGGUAGUCAUCAACACCUCUACGCCCCUUGCUGCUGGCACACAGAUCAUUCUUAACAACACACGCUUUGUAGUCCCUCCCCAGGGUUUGGGUCCAGGCAGUCAUGUGCUCAUCAUCUCUAGCCCUGCACCACAACAAGUGCCUACUGUCAGCGCUACCGGAGCCUCAGUACCCCCCCAAGUGGCAAAUCAUGCCACUGUAGCCCCGCAAGCACCAGUUUUACCCCAGUCCCCAGCCACGUUGUCUGGUGUACCAGCUGCAAGUUCUCCUUUUGUAGCAUGCGCACCUGCUGUUGGUCCUUCAUUGCUAGCAACCACUCCCAUCGUCACACCAGUCCAACAAGCAGUAACACCUGGCCUAGGCUCAUCGUUGUUACCCAGUAAAACAAAUGUGUCUGCUCUGCCUAGUUUGCCAGCUGGGCAGGCUGGACACUUUGCAUCACCUCCUGUAGGGACACCCACUCUUGUCUCACCUCCACCAAGGUUAGGAAGUGUACCAGCCCUACUUUCCCAAGUGGUAACCAGCGCCCCUCCUUUUGGCUCAGCUCUGGCUCCUGUUAGGUCAGCCGCAGGUGCAGCCACACAAGCUAAAUGUUCAUCCACCAUUUUGCCUGCGGCAGCACACCCCUUGCCCAGAUUGUCAGCACCUCUGUCAUCGUUGCCAGGUUUGCCAAGCCCAACUGUAUCUCUGGCCAGUCCUGUCACGACAGCAGUUAAAAUUGCGGCACCAACCACGGCUCUAUCGCAGGCUUUACUGCAUACAGGACUAGGCAAGACGUCAAUCAGAAAACCGGUGCCUGCGGUCAUCCAGCCAGUGCUUGCUGGCACAAGAACACAAGUAUUACCAACAGUGGCCGUCCCUCCAAUUGUAAGCUCAGUAGCUAGGAUGCAGACGCUGCCUGUUGCUACGGUUCCACCAAUCGGAAGCACUGUUAAUAACUUUGAAACGGCUUCAGUGGGCAACGCGCCUCCAUCCAGCAGCACUGCAAUGUUCACUCCAGCUCAACCAAACACAUCACUGAAGACAAACGCCACCAUCCACCCACCUGUCUUUUUGACCAAUCAAGCACUUGGAAAGCACUCUCUGCAGACCCCAGCCUUAGGUAUUUAUACCAAUGUAGCAUCCAAGCUUCUAAUUAGUCCAGAUGGUGCUGUUUUGAGCACAGCUCAGUGCCAGGUCAAUCUAGCAGAGCUGACUGCCUGCCCCACACCACUGGAUGCACUGGAGGUUUCCCCCAACAGUUCCAGUGGAGCACUACACACACAUGAUUCCUCUUUACAGCCAUCACAGGCAGACACAAAGUGAAUCAGUCAUAUCCAUCAGUAAUCCUGGGAUUAGUUAAAGAACUGUUUUCCAGCUGUAGUUUGACUCAUAAUUUACAUUUAGUAUACAGUAUGUUUUGCUCUGGUUAGAUCAUCUUAUAUUUAAACUGUAUACUCAAUCAAACUUACUGGAAAUGUAUACUGUGAUGGUUUUCUCAAGUGGAAACUAUUGAUGUUGCCCUCAGAUUAAUCGUAUAGACUAUUGACUUUGGUCCUUUUUUAAUGUCACGGCCAGUAAUAACAACUGUUGUAACAAUGGGAAGUUGAUUAAAUUCACCUCAAGCUUUUGUAAUACUUGCUAAGCAAUUCAACACUGCUUCAAAAAGUAGUAAUUGGGAUACUAUUCAUUGGUACAACUUGUUCUAAUUCAUCUGUCAGCUUGAACAAUACAACUCUAUCCAGAUUGUCACUUUGUCCUUUUUUCAACUAGUAACUUUCAGAACUGCAUCUUAUUUUUUAGAAAAAUAAAUAAGCUGUUAGGUGUAUUUGUACUACAUGUUUUUGCGCCCAUAUAAAGUCACAUUUAUUUAUUUUUACCAUAUAGAUUUUUCAAAAAUAUUUACUAGAUACACUGUCAUUGAACAAAUGUGGACUUUACUGCAUGGAAAUAAACAAUGCAACUGUCCCCAACAA